UCCGGGAACGAAUCGAAAAGACCUGGUUGCUCCAAGACCGGCUAAUCUUCCCCCAAGAGGUAGCUCUGAAGAAGUCGUACGAUGCAAAAGGAGCCUGGACUAACAUUUCGCCUAUAGCAUCAAUUUGCGCGUUUCAAUACCCUCCGUCAUCUUGGACAGGUGUCACUUUGCGGGGCUCUUUACGUCGCCUUUGAGACCGAAGUAGGAGUCCAUGGAGCUUAUAUGGCAUGUGUUUUGUUCAAUCACCAUCUUCUUCUUGCCACCGCAAACCGAGGAGACGGAGCUUUCACUGUUGCUGUCUUGAUAUCGCUGGAGGACCUCCAAAUCCUAUCACCGCAAGAAGGGAAAGGUAUUUGGUGCCGAACCGUGCCUUUUGCCUGGAAAAUUGCUUUUAAAUGUGAUCAGAUGCUCCAUGAAAUUCUUCUAUGCGCUUGCUCUGCUAAAGAGGAAGAGGCGUGGAGAGGUCUCAUAUCAGAACGGAGGAAGAGUGAUAAUCUCGCACAUGACUCUCCUGAGAUAUUCACGCUACUAACGCUGGACAUAAAACCCACCGGUUAUAUGUUUGGCCUUGCUAGUAUUCUUGCGCGUCAAUCGUCAACCUCUGAAGCCGAAGUCUCUACAAAAGACCUAGAAGGACCGGAGGUCAAUAUCAAAAAUACCUUUCUCGCAAAAGAAGGCGUUGAAUUUCCGCAGAGUUCAUCGAGUCAACAACACCGACCUGCUGUGGACGUCUCUUCGAAACGUACAACAACGCUUACUCCAAAGCGCAUCGAGAGAGGGCGCAUUGAGAAUGCUUUAUCCGAUGUUUGGACUAAAGAAAUUUUGCCGUUUCCUUGUAUGGCGAUGAAGCGGGGCGAAAACGUGGUCCGGGUUUCAGCCAGUUCAAUGAUGCGCAAGCUCAGUAUUGCCAGCAUCGCAACCACAUUCACAAAGCGAUCUACAAGCUAUACGCUUCCAAGUCGGCCAAAAACGGCUGAAGGUCAACGGCCAGCAGAUACUAUUCACGAAUUGACGGGGACAGCCGAAAAGGCCGGCAUAGAACCUGCCAGAAAUCUCAGAGGUAGCCAAGGAAAAUCGUCCACAUGCAGCGAGAAACGGCAAGAUCUUGGUCCAGCGCAAUCCCGAAAGAGCUCUUUCAGCGAUAAGGUGAAGCGGUCGCUCAGUGGGAAGCGUGCAGCUGACCUUGAAGCUGACAAGGCUGGAGCCUUGGAGACCGACGAUGAAAAGAAAACGGAAGAUGAAACCAAAGCCGAGAAAGAAAAUAAGAGGAUUCGAAAGAGAGAAAGCUUUGGUAACCACCUGAGGGGACUGGGUGCUUCUAAACUCAAAAGAAUCUUUGUUUCCCAGUCAUGAAUUUGGGGGAACAUUUCGAAAUUUUUUUUGUAUCUUUCCGAAUACGUCGCCGCUCGUGAGAUAUGACCACCAAACCAUGAUUGGAUCAUCGCACCAUCAGUACCAACAACAAAACAUUGCAGGGCUGUAUUAAACGUUGCAUACU